UAAAUAUACAAAACUUGCUUAAUUAAUUGGUUGCAGGCAUUGACUUUGCAACAUGUAGCCAUCUAACUCUAUAUUUUUAGUCUCUCCAGGUCUUUGACUAGUUCAUGUGUUUUUUUGUUGUGGCUUAGUUGUCUUUCAUCAAGCUCUCCAGGACAUGAAUGAUUACAGAAACUAACUAUUCAAUCCAUCAAUGAUCAUGUCUGAUCAAAUCCUCUCACAUGCCGUUUUCUUGAUCCUUGUUCUGUUCUGUUGCACUGAACACACCCAUGGCAAGCUGAUUAUGCAAGGAUCAGCCGGAUUCGUCAAAGGUUUCAGAACGUUGACGAGCACCAAGAAGCACACAUAUGGCCAAGCCUUCCACGACGAGAUACUCCAGUUCAAGAACUCCAAUGGUACCAUGACAUCUUUCUCCGUCACCUUCUUCUUCGCUAUCGUCCCUGAGCAUAAGCGCAAAGGCUCUCACGGUAUGGCCUUUGUGAUCUCUCCCUCAAGAGGGAUCACAAACGCAUCUGCUGAUCAGUACCUUGGAAUCUUCACCAAAGCAAACAAUGGGAACAUGUCUAAUCAUAUCUUCGCUGUUGAGCUUGACAUAAACAAAGAUGAUGAGUUUGGUGACAUUGAUGACAACCAUGUCGGUAUCAACAUAAACGGCAUGAGGUCUGUUCUAUCUGCUCCUGCUGGUUAUUAUGAUCAAGAGGGGCAUUUCAGAAGCCUCUCUUUGAUCAGUGGAAACCUACUUAGACUCACUAUCUUGUAUAGCCACAAGGAUGCACAGAUCAAUGUCACUUUAUCAUCACCAGAGGAAGGUUAUUAUCCAAAGAAGCCACUUCUUUCUCUGAAACAAGAUCUCUCACCGUACUUUUCGGAGAAAAUGUAUGCAGGCUUCUCAGCCUCUACCGGCUCGGUUGGAGCAAUGCAUUACAUGUGGGUUUGGUUUAUAAACGGCUACAUCACUGUUCCAAAUCUUGACUUAGGGAUACCAAAGUUUCUAUCAUAUCCCAUAACAAAAACUAAGGUAGCUCUGAUAGUUUUGGGGACAAGCUUGGCCUUGGCUCUCUUUGCUGCGCUUGUUGCUACAGGUUUGAGUUUCUUCUUCUAUAAGAGACAUAUGAAGGUUAUGGAGGUUUUAGAGGAAUGGGAGAUCGAAUGUGGACCUCAUAGGUUUUCUCACAAAGAGCUUUUCAAAGCCACAAACGGUUUCAAACAGCUUCUAGGGAAAGGAGGCUUUGGUCAGGUCUUUAAAGGGACACUUCCAGGUUCCAACGCAAAGAUUGCUGUGAAACGUGUUUCUCACGGCUCGAGUCAAGGCAUGCGUGAGUUCUUGGCUGAGAUAGCUACCAUUGGUCGUCAUAGACACCCGAAUCUAGUCAGGCUUCUUGGUUACUGCAGGUACAAUGAAGAGCUCUACUUGGUUUAUGACUUUAUGCCCAAUGGUAGUCUUGACAGGUACCUCCACGGAGGAUCAUCAGAUCAAGAAGAGCUUUCUUGGAGUCAACGUUUCAAGAUCAUCAAAGAUGUUGCAUCUGCACUAGCCUAUCUCCACCACGAGUGGAUGCAAGUUGUGGUUCAUAGAGACAUCAAGCCAGCUAAUGUACUAAUAGACGACAAGAUGAAUGCAAGUCUUGGAGAUUUUGGACUGGCUAAGCUAUAUGAUCAAGGACACGAAGCUCAGACCUCUAGAGUAGCCGGAACGUUUGGUUACAUGGCACCAGAGCUCAUGAGAACGGGGAGACCAACCACGGGAACAGAUGUUUACGCCUUUGGUGUUUUUAUGCUUGAAGUUUCUUGCGGUAGGAAGCUCUUUGAGCCGCGAGCUGAGCCUGAAGAGAUUGUUCUUGCUGAUUGGGCGAUUAACCGCUGGGAGAAAGGUGAUAUCAUUGAGGCGGCUAGUGAAAGAAUCAGACGAGAGUAUGACAAGGGGCAGCUUGAGGUUGUUUUGAAGCUGGGAGUGUUGUGUUCGCAUCAGGCUGAAGAGGUUAGGCCGGAUAUGGCUACUGUGGUUAAGAUCUUGGAGGGAGUUUCUGAGCUUCCGGAUAAUUUGCUUGAUGUUGUUAGGACUGAGAAGUUGGGGAGAUGGUAUGAGAUGUAUGGAAAGGUGCUUGAUGUGGAGGUGACAAUGGAGUCUGGAGGUAACUUGACGGUCACGGAACCGUUGACUUCUGUCGGACGGUAAAAAGUGGUUGGUGAGGGUUUAAUAACAUGUGACGGUGUUUGCUUCUACAAUUGUUUUUGUUGUUGUUUGAAUGCAUCAUUUGGUUUAUGUGUUUGUGUGUUUAGUCUCAUGUUGAAAGACAAACUUGUAUGCAUCUAAUAUGGGUUUGGGAUAUGUGAAUUUUUUUUUGAAAGGCUUAGAAAGGUUUAGGUUUCUUAAAGCAUAAAAAGAUAGUAUCAAACGUAUACAAUAGGUCGUAAUGGUAUUGUAAAUUUGGAUUUGAAAAAAAAAAUCACCAACAAUGAUUCUAAGUUCUAACAAAUCUAUAUUAUAAUUAGGAUAAGACGCAUGAUGAUUUUAUUUGUAUAUAUUAUCGAUAAUUUUUUUUUUAUAUAUUUGAUCAUUUUAUUUAUAUAUAUACAAUAUUUUUUAUUGUUAUUAUAUAAUUUCUUUUCGAUAGACCGGAUCAAUUUUUAUUAAAAAUUGUGGAAUUAAACUAUAAUUAAUAUAUCAUGGAUUAAUAGGAUUGGACAUUAAACAAAUUAUGACACAAAAAGUUUAUUUUUUUCCACCGAACAUAUUUUUGAAAAAAAUGAACAUUAUUGUUUCAACAGUUGAAUUAUUUUGACAUUUCUUUUUCAUAUGGUUUUGAAAGGUUUCAGAUCAACUAUCAAAUUGAUACAUGUCAUUUUAAUGUUUGUACUCGUAUGCUUACAGAAAAUUUACAUUUUUGUAAUUUAAAAUCGUUUUAAAAAUUCAAAAUAUAGCAUAUAAGACAAAAUCUAACAUAUAAAAAAUAUAACAUAUAAAUUUUCUUCAUUUUUGUAAUUUAAAGUCAUUUUAAAAAUUUUAAAAUAUAACAUAUAAGAUUUCCUCAUUAUUGUAAUUUAAAGUCAUUUAAAAAAUCAAAAUAUAACAUAUAAGAAAUAAUCUAAUUUUUUUAAUUAUAUGGUUAAUGUGAUUGUUUAAUUUUUAAUUAAACAAAAGUGAAAAAAAGAUGCAAAAAUUGUUAUCAAAUUUUUAUUAUUCAUAGUCAUUAAUUGCUAUAUAUAUGUUAAUUAUAUUAGGUAAUUCCGUAGUUUUAUUUAGGAAAAAAUACACGCUUUUUAUAUUUUUGGUUAAUACAAUGUUUUCUAUUAAUUAGAUUUUCAAUUGAUUCUUAAGUGACAUCCUAAUUAAAUGAUACAGUAGUGUCUCUUUUAAAUUAGUAUAAACCUAAGAUUACAACUUUUAAAAUGAUUCUCAAUUAAUAUAUAGGGGAUGAUUCUCAAUUAAUAUAUAUGACUCUCUCCUGAAGACGACACGUCAGCAUCAAGUGAGUCCCACUUUAAAAAAUAUGA